UGUGCAUGCGUGUGUGUGUGUGUGUGUGUUGGCGGGUGAAAGAGCAGCAGAGCCGUCAUACUUCCUGUUGCUGUGUUGGUGUUUUGGUGUCUUCCUGGAGCUGCCUGUAGGAGGUCCAAUGAGUGUUGGGAGAAGCAAGAAGUUCAACAUCUCCAUCCAGGAGCACAUGGCCAUCGACGUUUGUCCUGGUCCAAUCAGAGCCAUUCGCCAAAUUUCAACCUACUUCCCCCGUCUGUCCCCCGUCUCCCCCACCUCACUUGUGUCCCCCACCUCCCCAGUCUCCCUUGUGUCCCCCACCUCCCUUGUGUCCCCCACCUCCCCCGUGUCCCCCAUCCCACUCUCUCCCUCGACAACCCUCAGUCAUACCACUGUGAUGUCAUCAAUGGACGCCAUCAGCUCAGACAGUGAUGACUGCACGUCGUUGGGCACGCUGGAGUUCGAGCUGAGGUACGAGCAGACGUCCAGUCAGCUGCACUGCACGGUUCUACGGGCAAAGGGUUUGAAGCCCAUGGACUUUAAUGGCCUGGCCGACCCCUACGUCAAAGUGCACCUGCUGCCCGGCGCCUGCAAGGCCAACAAGCUGAAGACAAAGACGGUGAGGAACUGUCUGAACCCGGUGUGGGAGGAGACUCUGACCUACGUGGGAAUCACGCAGGAGGACAUCGUCAGGAAGACGCUCAGGCUGACCGUGUGUGACCAGGACAAGCUGACCCAGAACCAGAUCAUUGGUCAGUCCAGAGUGGCGCUCAGGAGACUCCACGCUCAGCACGCCACACGCUUCCACACCUGCCUAGAACACCCGCCCCCGCUGCCAUCUCCAAGCGCCACAGGAGAAGCUGUGCGAGGAAUCUCCUGCUACCUGCGAGAGUGGGAGGUGCGGGAGCUCCACAGUCUGGAGGAAAGAGGUCGUCUUCUUCUCUCGCUGCAGUUCCUGCCUCUGCCCACCGGGGGAAACGACCAGACUGACAGGCGGCUAGCGGGCGGUCUGUGCGUUGGCGUGAAGCGCUGCGCUCACCUGGCAGCCAUGGACGUGAACGGAUUCUCUGACCCUUACGUGAAAAUAUACCUGAAGCCCGACAUGGAGAAGAAGUCCAAACACAAAACUGCAGUAGUGAAGAAGACGCUCAACCCUGAAUUCAACCAGGAGUUCUUCUACGAGAUCUCCCGGUCAGAACUGGUCACCAAGACCCUGGAAGUGACCGUGUGGGACUACGACUUGGGACGCUCCAACGACUUCAUAGGUGACACGCCACUGAUGAUGUCCCGCCUUUUCAAUGACUUCCUGUCCACUUCCUGUUUAGGUGGCGUGUGUCUGGGGGCUCAGUCUCUGGGCCACGCCCUUCGCCACUGGACAGACUGCCUGAAGAACCAAGGCCAGCAGGUGGAGCGCUGGCACGUUCUGACCAAUCAGCUGCCACGUAGCGUCAGCCACAACUAAAGUCAUGUGACCUCUGCGAAAGAAGGAAUCCAUCCGUGU